AUGUCUGACGAAGAUGACUUUUUGUCUGAAGAAAGCUAUGAAUUUGAAUUUGAGGAUGAAGAUGACGACGUUAUCCAGAGCGAGGUCCCUGAUCAGGACUCCACUGAAAACAAAUACUACUAUGCCAAGUCGUUGAAGGAGGACUCGCUUGAUGCUGCCUCUGAACAAAUGAAGGCUUUGAUUGCCGCGGCAGACCCAAAUGAAGACGUGGAAUGGAUAUUCAAGGCACGCAAGCAAUUGGCCAAAAUGGCGUACCACCAGGGCCGUUUUGAUGAUGUGCUCGAAUACAUUGGCAGCUUGAUCCAGCUACUACCCAAGCUCAAUGGCAACUACGCCGAGGACUCGAUCUCCAAAUUGCUCCACAGAUACUCGGCAUGCAACGACCAGCAGUUUGUGCUCCGAAUGUACGACGUGAUCGUUUCACAUUUGCAGGAUUCCAUGGCUCUGGCGGUUUCGGGUCAGAGACUCUGGAUCAGAAUUAACAUGAACAGGCUACGCAACUUCUUGGAUAACGGCCCGCUAGACGAGUGCUCUCUGCUCAUUGCAGCGAUAAACUCCAAGUUGGAAUCAGUCUCUGAACUGACGCAAAACUCAUACAUUCUUGAUAUCAUCGCUGCUGAGAUCGAAUACACUUUCAAAACCGACAUCAAUCUACUGCGGUUGAGCUAUUUGCAUAGAAAGGCCUCAAAGGUCUCAUCCACUAUCACGCAUCCCCGUGUAAUGGGUGUAAUCAGAGAAUGCAGCGCUACCAUCCAUUUUUAUAGAAGGAACUUCGAGACGGCGCGUGUCGAAUUCUAUGAGGCCUUCAAGAACUACGAUGAAGCUGGCUCGGAUACGAAGAAAAAGAUUUUGAAGUAUCUCAGCUUGUGCCUGUUGCUCACUGAAAACGAGGUCAAUCCGUUUGAGUCUCAGGAAACCCAGUCAUACGCCGCUCUUCCAGAGUACAGAAACUUGAUUGAGCUUGUGAACUGCUGUGAAACUCUUGAUCUCAAAGGGUACCUUUACGUGCUAGAGAAGAUGAAAACCGAGAACGACGCCCUCAUCCACGACAGAAUCUUUGAAAAUGCCUCGGGCCACAUUUUGCAUAAUAUCAAGGUCAGGCUCUUGCUCAACCUUCUCAAAGCAUACAAAACAAUACGUUUUGAUCUGGUGAUUCGAAAACUCCAACUAGAGAGCGAAGCACAUCUAGAGGAUCUCCUCAUCAAGAUGGCUAACCAGGGAAACUACCACAGUAUCAAGGUGGAUUUUGCAAACAAAUUCAUCGAAAUACAGUCUAGCAAAAAAGAGUUCCUCCCUAGUACGCUAACCGCCUCGGACGUGCAGAACAAUCUUCGCAUCUUGUUGGCUGUUGGAUUCAACGGCCUUUGGACAGACUCUGCAGAUACUUCAAACGCCAUGGAUAUCGACUAUUGUCCGGAAAACAAAGAGCAAGACGCAAAAUGUGCACAGUCUGUGAUAAACUCUGUAAUCUUUCCCGGCAACGUUCACAUUCGUUUCUUCGAUUGGGCCAAAAUUGGCAGUCUUGUGGAGGAGUGGUUUGGUUACAUGAAGAACACGUUUCCGGCGUUGGUACGUACGACGGUGACACAAAAGGAGAAGGUCUUUUCAGAGCAGCAGGAAGAUACAGCACAAACGCAAAACGCCGUUGCCGACGAGUCCAACGACGGCGAAGACGAGGUCCUCGACAAAGUGGAGUCGCUUCAGCGUUGGGCCAAAAAGAUCCAGCUGGAAUUGAGAUAG